GCACCGAGGGAGUAGAGAGAGAAUAUUUCUUCAUUUUCAGAGACUAUAUGCCUGGAUUCAAUGAAACUUUGCUUAUUUGGCCUCUAGCCCUCUCAACUGAGAUAUCACACACGAUGAGGGUGUAACUGGACUGCAGUGAUUGGUCUGGAUUAUUGAUGAGUGGAUUAUUGAGGAGACAGAAUAGCUGAAUAAUUUGGCUGGUGGUGUGAAUAAUAAUUAAGGAUGCAGUGUGGUGUGAUGCUGUGUCUCGUGUUACUGAUGCUGUCCUGUAGAGUGAGAAGCCAGAACAGGAGAAAAAACAGGCAGAAACCUGACAACAAUGGCAUCCAAAAUGAAGUCAAAACUCUCUUUUGUCCUGUGGAGGUGGCUUUCUUGGUGGACAGUUCAGAGAAUGCCAAAAUGCUUUUGUUUCAGAGGCAGAGGGACUUUGUGUUGCGUUUCAGCACCAGGCUGAUGCAGCUGCAGGUACCGGGCUGGCACAUGCGCAUGAGACUUGCCAUCCUCCAGUACAGCAGCACUGUUUCUGUGGAGCACAACUUCAGAGACUGGCAGGAUAUAGAUGUGUUCCAAAGUCGAGUGGACAGUAUGGCCCACAUCGGCCAAGGCACCUACUCGGCCUACGCCAUCUCUAAUGCUACUCAGCUCUUCACCCGUGAGACGGCCGCCAGCAGCUUAAGAGCCAUGCUACUGUUGACGGGUGGGGUGGACCAUCCACGCAGCCCCAGUGCUGUGACUGCAGCCGCAGAGGCUAAAAGCCACAACAUCCGUGUGUUUGCCAUUGGGCUGUCAGGAUCCAUGCGUUAUGAGCAGGGAAAUGGUAGACUGAGGUCCAUCGCCAGUGCACCACCACAGCAGCACCUGUUUAACUUAACUGACCCACAGCUGGACGAUAAGCUCUUCAGGGAACUGAGUGAAAUUGCUAACACAGCUUGCCCACAACCCAAGUCAUGUCUGUGUGAGAAAGGAGAGAGGGGCCUUCCAGGAAAACCAGGUAAACCAGGUGAUCCAGGAUUUGAUGGGCCUCCUGGUCUAAAAGGAUCUAGUGGAAAGCCAGGUUUAAAUGGACGUCCAGGAUUGGAGGGUAUAAGGGGAAGACCAGGAUCUAAAGGAUCAGAGGGGCGGAAAGGAGAGUGUGGCGUCCCAGGGAUAAAAGGAGAUCAAGGCCCAGACGGACCUCCAGGACCACAAGGACCAAGAGGAGAUCAGGGACCAAGUGGCAGCCCUGGUGACUCUGGGCCUGAAGGCCCUGUCGGACCCAAAGGUGAACGAGGACCUAGUGGACCUACAGGACCUGCAGGGGAUCCAGGGGUUGGGUUUCCUGGUGUGAAGGGCGAGAAAGGAGGCCAAGGCAGACCUGGACCUACUGGACCCAUUGGAUUUGGAGAACCAGGAACACCUGGCCCACCGGGACCUCCAGGAGUUCAAGGCAACCAAGGGUUUCCAGGGGAGGGCAUACCAGGACCAAAGGGUGACAGAGGUUUUGAGGGUCCUAAGGGUGUACGUGGUCCUCCAGGCUUAGGUAUCAAGGGUGACAAGGGUAACACAGGGGAACUCGGUUUACCUGGAUUGACUGGGUUUCCAGGACUCGGGAUCCAGGGAGAAAAGGGACACCAGGGGCCUAUAGGACCAUCUGGUCCAAGAGGUCCCCCUGGAGUGGGCAUGGUUGGCCCUAAGGGAGACCAGGGCUUUCCAGGAGAACCUGGACAGCAGGGUGAGAGAGGGAUUGGAGAACCAGGACCAAAGGGGGAGCCUGGACUAGACGGAGCGCCUGGUAUUCCAGGCAUUCCAGGAGAAGAUGGCUCUGUGGGUCAAAAGGGUGAGAGUGGUUUACCUGGUUUUCCAGGUCCAGAGGGUGCGCCAGGGAAAGGAAUGUCCGGCGAGAAGGGGGACCGUGGUGACAGAGGACCUCGGGGUGUACCGGGAAGCUCUGGAGCAUUGGGGCCCCCAGGGUCCAAGGGAGAGCCAGGAAGUUUAGGUAUGAUGGGGUUACCUGGACCUCCGGGCCGAGGAUUACCUGGUUCAAAGGGUGAGCCAGGACCUGCAGGUCCCCUAGGUCCUGUUGGAGAGCCAGGGGUCGGGAGUGCAGGGCCAAAGGGUGACAGAGGAACUCAGGGACCAAUGGGGCCACAGGGAUUGAAGGGCGAGGGUUAUCCUGGGCCACAGGGACUUCCAGGGUUAACUGGGCCACCAGGUGAAGUUGGACCUGAAGGACAAGGAGUUCCUGGACCAAAGGGAGACAGGGGCUCCCCAGGAGUUCCUGGCCCUUCAGGGCCUCCAGGAAUCGGACUGCUGGGACCAAAGGGUGCGGUUGGCCAACCUGGUGCCACUGGUCUUCCAGGCCUUCCUGGAGAGGGUAUCCAGGGUCCCAAGGGAGAGACUGGGUUUCAAGGGGCACCGGGACCUCGAGGGCUUCCUGGAGAUGGCCAGCCAGGAGAGAAGGGUGGCAGAGGCCCAGUGGGUGAGCGUGGGAGAAAAGGAGAUAGAGGAGAACAUGGAGCUCCUGGACAAACAGGACCCAAGGGAAAACCUGGAGAGAAGGGCGAGCCCGGCCUAUUGAGAGAAGAGGUGAUCAGAAUAAUACGGGAAAUAUGCGGAUGUGGUAUCACAUGCCGUACGAGUCCUCUGGAGCUGAUAUUCAUCAUUGACAGCUCAGAGAGUGUUGGUCCUGAGAACUUUGAGGUGAUAAAGGAUUUUGUGAAUGCCCUGAUCGAUCGUGUAUCUGUGAGCCGAGAGGCCACUCGUGUUGGGGUGGUUCUUUACAGUCAUGUGGAAUUGGUGGUGGCCAGCCUACAACAGCUGUCCAACCAGGCCGACAUCAAAGCUGCUGUGCGCAGGAUGCCAUACCUGGGCGAGGGUACCUUCACGGGUAGUGCUAUCCGCCGAGCCACUCAGCUGUUCCAGGCAGCCCGGCCGGGUGUGAGGAAGGUCGCAGUCGUGUUGACGGAUGGACAAGCAGACAAACGGGAUGCAGUGAAGCUGGAGGAGGCUGCAAAGGAAGCUCAUGAUGCUGGGAUUGAAAUCUUUGUGAUUGGCAUCUUGAACAGCAGUGACUCACAGUACACAGAGUUUAAGAAUGAGAUGAACAUUUUAGCCUCUGAUCCUGAUGCAGAAUAUGUCUACUUGAUCAAUGACAUCAUGACACUGCCUACAUUGGAGAGUAAAGUACUGAGUCAGAUCUGCGAGCAUGAUGAUGGAACGCCAUUCAACCCAAAUGGAAAUCCCUUCCCCUCAUUUGUGCCUGUAACCAUACCAGAGAGAACUGAGAGCCCCUUCAGUAAUGAUUUAAGCACAGCGGGGAAAGAGGUUGCACGUCCGACAGAGUUUGAGACCCCUUCUCCACCUCAACCAGAUGAUUAUGAAGACAACAUUGACACCAGUAGGAGAGUCUUUUUUGAUGGGUCUGUCAAUGAGCUCCCUAGGGUAACAGCUGCCCCAUAUGGAGAGAGGCUAAAAUCUCGUUCCUCGAUCUCUGUGGUUGGACCCCAGACCCCCACAAACUGGCGUAAUUUUCCAGAUAUCAGCCCACCUCCACAAACACUACCUCCACCUCCCCCACAGCCCGACAUCACUGUGAGAGAUGUUGGCUGCUUGCAGGAAUUGGACCCUGGACCAUGUAGGGCAUACAUUGUGAGGUGGUAUUAUGACCCGGAGGCCAACGCCUGUGCACAGUUCUGGUACGGUGGUUGCCAAGGCAACAGCAACCGCUUUGAGAUGGAAGAGAUGUGUAUAAACACUUGUGUGCAGACAUAACAUACCCUCAAAAUGAAACACAGUACUUCACUCGUCAGAUUAAAAAAGUUGCAUGUAUUGUAUUAGCUUUUUUUUUAUCAAGUUGGUUCGACAUUGCAAUCAUGCACUAAACAGAUGCAUUUUCAUUUUAGUACAUUGCUCAUGUGAGAAUAAUGAGGGAUCCCACACUGACUGGAGAUCAGAUUUUCCAAUUUAUAUAAUAGUCAACACAUAAUAUAUAUAUAUAUAUAUAUAUAUAUAUAUAUAUAUAUAUAUACACACA